AUGGAUCACUCGCGAGAUCCAUGUCCGUGGGUUGCGCUCUCCGAUUUUGGAGGUGCCUUCUCCAUGGGUGCGCUGGGAGGAACAUUAUGGCACGGUAUCAAAGGCUUCAGAAAUUCUCCAUAUGGCGAACGGCGGAUAGGAAUGAUCACCGCCAUUAAAGCUCGAGCACCCGUAACUGGCGGCAACUUUGGCGUAUGGGGUGGCCUGUUCAGCACAUUCGAUUGCGCAGUAAAAGGCAUCAGAAAGAAGGAGGAUCCCUACAAUUCGAUCAUUGCAGGGUUCUUCACCGGUGGCGCCCUUGCUAUAAGAGGAGGUUAUAAAGCAGCCCGAAAUGGAGCCAUUAUGUGUGCUAUCUUCCUGGCAGUCAUCGAGGGAGUAGGUAUUGGUAUCCAGAGAUUAAUGGCAGAGAACACAAGGCUCGAUCUUCCUCCUCCCGGCACACCACCCGCAGAUUCUGGCCGCGUGGCCGCCUGA